CGUCGUGUCUACACAUAUACAUAGCAGUUAUUUUUGUUGUUCAACAUAUACUAUUAAAUUUGUCUUAGUUUUUAAGACAUUUCAUUCGAUUCAAAAUUAAUGGAAGGAAUGGUGGGCGACGGCCUGAACAGUCCUCGUGUGCAGGGUGGAAAGGAUGCUCUCGAAGAUAAUUCCAUAUGCAUACCAGACAAAUAUACGAUGCGCAACACACGUGUCCUGUCCGUCAUGAAGGCGCAGCUGGAGGAGGUGCCGGAUGAUUUGCUAGAAACAGCUCGUGCCGAACACGUCACUGUCGUCAACUUUGAGGGAAAUCUGCUGCAUCACAUGCCGCGUGGACUCCAGCACCUUUCCGACCAGUUGUCCGAGCUUGUGCUAGCCAAGAAUCAGAUUGCCUUCAUACCAGCAUGUAUUUCGCAGUUCUCACGCCUCUCGGUUGCCAACUUUUCUUGCAAUUUGCUGCGAAACUUGCCCAACGAAUUUGGGGCAUUGCAAAUGCUGUGUGAGUUGGACAUUUCGCAUAAUCGCCUCGACAAGCUGCCUCUUUGCAUAGGAGAGCUGCAGAAUUUGGAAGUGCUGUUGGCCAACGAUAAUCAUAUAAGGGAGCUAAAUGCUAGCGAAUCGGGCUUAGGCGGCCUAAAGCGUCUCAUAACGCUAGAUCUGCGCAAUAAUGAUAUUGAUACUGUGCCACCCGUUCUGGGCAACUUGACGAACAUUAAACGUCUGAAACUAACUGGCAAUCCAUUUCGACAGCCUCGCCACCAGAUCUUGUCCCAAGGUACCGCCGCAAUUAUGGAGUACCUCCGCGGCCGUAUACCCGCAUCUGCUAGUACUAUGUAAGGAGUGGUACUUUGCUAAUUUUAAAAUCGUAUCAUCUCUGCGAACAACUCGUACAAUGUUCAAAGCGUGCUCUAUUGAAAAUACAAACAAGAGUUAUUAAAUUUGUGCUGGUCUACCAAUAUACAAGCUUCGCUUUUUCUUUGUACUCGAUUGCCAAAUAAAAUACAAUUGUAAACCAA